CCGCAGCCGAUGCGCCGCCUGCGCCGGCUGUACUUCAAGUGCAACUGCUUUGUCGACCCGGCGCUGCUCGCGGACAUGCUCGAGGACGCGCCGGGCCUCGAGGUCGUCGCGCUGCACUGGGACGCGCGCGCGUUCGUGCUUCUUGGCGACCGGACGGUGGCAGACGCGUGGGAUGCGCUGGCGCGCAGGAGGGAUUCGCUGAGGGAGAUCCGGUUGGAUGUGCUGAAGUCUACGUCGCUGGGCUGGGGGGACGGGGGCUGGGAUUCGCUGGUGGGGUUUGAGAGGCUGGAGGUGCUGAAGGUGGAUGGGCAUGCGUUGGGCGCGUUGCGGGCGGUGUGGGAGAGGAGGAACCGGCAUACGGGGUGGAUAGCUUCUUGUCGGGCAUGUUUCCGCCGGGCAUUCGUGAGGUGACCUUUUGGCGGCUGGAUGGACUAGCCAUGCGGGCGGCAAUGCAGAUGUUUGCGAAGGUUGUGGCCCUUGGGAGGUACCCCAAGCUGGUGAAGGUUACGCUGGCCCCGUCGGAGUUGACGGAUCGAUGGGGGUUGAAUGAAUGGACAAACUUCGAGGCGUGGACGCAGGUGAGGGCGGAG